UUUGAAAUCAGCCCGCACCCACAUCUUGAUCGGCUAGCUGCACAUCGCAUUGCCACCCACAGCACCACCCGACGUCACAGCCAUGGCCGCGACAACGGUACCUGGCUGCUUUGCGUGCCAUGUGGACUGUGCAACGGGCUGUGCCGCCGACGAUCAACCCUUCGAUCACCCCGACUACGCUGACUACAAAAUACCGAGCUUUGACGAGAAGGACGCGGACGAGGCGGAGCUGCGAUCGACGCGACUGCAUAGCAAUAAUAGCAAGGAGGAGCCCCAGGACUCAGAUAAAGGGAUGGAGAUCAGCACGGACGAGCCUGCGGAGGGCUCGUCCUUGAUGCGGUUCGUGUUGUGGGCUUUGAACGUCAAGACUGACACGGGCGCAUGACCAACCUACGGCCGAGAGAUACUGCAUUGACGACGUUUCGUGCGGUAGGCCUGUGCCUGCUGCCGCCUUUUACGGGAUGUGGCCCGGAUGGGUGAGGCCCACCUCGAAUAUGCCAUUCGGAGGCCCUUAGCUUGCUCGAUCCCACUGGAGCGAAAACGUGAAAAUCGGAUGGAAUGGGGCCCGGUGUAUGUGUGCAGUGCGCCUUAGCCGUGGAGGGGAAGUAGGAACUGGGAAAUUGGGGUUGGGGUUGCACCCCUCGCUUGGCGCUUCCUGCGGCCUCUCUGCGACGUCCAGCAGUGUCGGUGUUAUGCCGUGCUGCGGCAAUCGCUACCUGCUCUGUGUAUCAAGCUGGUGUUGGCCGGCAGCCAAUUAUUGCGUGCAUGCGCGCGUGUCGUCUUGCACAUGAGAUCAUCCUGGAUGGUUGUUAUCAUCUACCAGGCCCGUCGGCACAUACAGUGUUCGUAGUCUGCGUGUGGA